CACUGCAGAAUGACUACUGAAGUAAUAUUACAUUAUCGAGCAUAUGAGAGCGAUCCCACACAACUGCCAGAAAUUGCAGAAAAAAUAAUUCAAGACUUCCCUACCCGUCCACUGUCAAGAUUUAUUCCUUGGUUUCCACAUGAUGGGUCCAAACUUCCACUCAAACCUAAAAGAUCACCACCUGUGAUUUCUGGAGAGGCAGCUGAAGAUAUGAAACAGUGCUUACCCAUUUCAGAACAUGAGGUUAAAUCACAGAAUUAUGAUUGCACAGUAGAUCUAUUGGAUUUUCAACCUAGUUUGAAAAAGCAGCACUUAAUCCAGUCACACACACUGAAUGAACAGACUAAUUCUGGAAAUCCGGAUAAACAGUCAGAAAAAGAAAACCGGCACAAGAGGAGGUCUUGGAGUGUUUCAGUUCCCAGCAAUAAUUGUACUGAAAAGAUUUUUCCUUUGUCUAAAAAAUUGCAAGAUAUUUUAAAGGCACUAAAUUUGCACUCAUUUUAUAGAGGAAGGUGGACAAUAGAACACACUACUUGUAACAACCAAACUCUGGAAGACAUUUGGGCAAAACUCAAUCAAAUUAUCAGGCACAAUGAACUUCCAUCUUGUAAUGCUACAAUUCAGAGACAUUUAGGCCAAAUAUGGGUGUUCUGUGAUGUUAUGUACUGUGAAUAUGUGGGAAAUCUUCUUAAAGGAAGAUUGGCUCUUACUGGAAAAAUUAAUUUAUUUGUCCAUAAAUAUGGUGUUAUUUUUAGUAUGUAA